AUGAGUACACAGCGACUCAAGCGGCUGACGCCUACCAUGAUCUUUAUCCAUAUCCAAAAGGCUCACUCAUCGAGCCGCUCACCCUCAAAUGAUUCAAAUGACAAUGGCGGCCGAGGUCGCCGAAUUACGCGGCCAGAGACUUCUCAAGAUUUCUCGUAUCCACCUGCCUUCGAAGUCAGCCUUACGAUAUUCGCGCUCCUGAUCGCCGUCUUGUGUGUCGCCUUAGAUAGUAUGAUCGUCUCGACCGCCAUUCCCGGAAUCCCAGACAAAUGUUUCGACCCACAUUAUGUUGGCUGGAACGGAUUUGGCCAGCUGCCAUCAUUUCUCGAAAGUACUCAGAAAGGCGAAGCCAAUUGA